UUUCGAUCCGGUUUCGCGGCGAUGUCGUGGAUCAGGACGGCUGUCAACAAGGCGGUGGAGGUCGGGGGGCGGAACAACUUGACCAGGACCGUCCGCAGUUAUGCCGACUCGGUGGUCCAUCAAGCCGGCAACGCCGUCGCCGGAGGCGCCAAGCUCCUCCAGGAUCGCAUCGGGGGACGGAGUUUGCAAAGCUUUAAGCAGGCUGCGAAAACAUUGGAGGAGAUGUCUGUUUCCUGCAGAGGAUUAGAGAGAAUUCUACUAUUACGGAGGUGGUUGGUGGCGCUCAAAGAAACUGAGAGAGAUUCUGCGGGUUCGUCUGGAAAUGACCACCGAGUGACCGAAAAUAGCUCUGAUGAGUUUAAGGACUCGCCUAGGAGACAAACGGUGGUUUAUUACCAUGAUCCUGACCUUGGAGGAGAACCUCUGAAUUUCCGUCAUGUCUUUCUUCAUAGUCAGGCACUUGAAGGCAUAAUCAUGUCCAUGAUUCUGGAAGCACCUACACAGGAAGAAGUUUCAUUACUCCUGGAAAUUUUCGGGCUUUGUCUUACAGGAGGAGUGGAAGUGCAUAAGGCGGUAUUGAGCAGCAUUCAAGAUUUGGCUAAUGCAUUUUCUGGCUACCUAGAAGAAGUACUUGUGAAGCGAGAAGAGUUGCUACAAUAUGCUCAGGUGGCGAUUUCAGGGCUCAAGUUAAAUGCUGACGUUAUAAGAAUAGAUUCCAAAACCUUCAGCCUAAAGGAAAAACUCAAUAAAAUGAGCUCACUGCAGCAGCCUUUGGAUAAAGAUCAUGAAAAAUUGUCUCAAGAAACAGUUGUUGUGACAAAAGAGGAUAUGGAAGAGGCACAGUUGCAAAUUCAACUAUUUUCCAUGAUGGAGUCACUGCUACUUAGAAAGAAAUCUUUGAGAAAUGGGGAUACUCCCCAUCUUCAUGCUGAAAAGGUUGAUAAAUUGAAAGUGUUAUCAGAAUCCCUUUCUAAUUCUUCCUCAAAAGCUGAGAAGCGCAUCUCAGACCACAGAUCUCACAAAGAAGAAGCUGUCAAUUUUCGUGUGGCUAAAACAACAGAAAUGAGCCAACUUGAGAAGGAACUGGAGGUGGAGAUCGAAGAACUUGAGAAACAAAAGGAAACACUUGAAAAAGAACUAAAAAAGGUCAAUGGUUCACUCUCUGGUGCUCGUUUACACCUUCAGAAUGCCAGAGAGGAGAGAGAGCAGUUUGAUGAAGCCAGUAACCAGAUUCUUGUGCACCUAAAGUCUAAGGAAGAUGAGCUAUCAAGAUCAGUUCUCUCGUAUAGAAUGGAAGCAGAUGUUGUCAAUACGUGGAUUGAUUUUCUUGAAAAUACGUGGACUCUGCAAACUUCGUAUAUAGAGGACAAAGAAAAACAAGUUAAUGGUGAACUGGAGAGAUACGGAGAUUAUUUUGUGAAUUUGGUCAUUCAGCUUCUCUCAGCUUACAAGGAAGGGUUGGGUUUGUCACUUGCUUCCAUCAAAGAAACUGUGGAAUACCUGGACCAAAGUCCAAGAUCUGAAAAGAGACCUAGUAUGAACGAGCAAAAUACCAAAGAGAAUAAAUCAAAGAGAAGAUACGAGGAAGAAUAUCUGGAUCUUGAAUCCAAGUUUUUGACGACCUUAAGCACAGUGGAAGCAAUUAAAAAGCAGUUCUACAUCCAAUCCGAAGACACUUUCAGGAAAGACCAUGAAAAGGUUGAAAAGCUAUUUGCUUCUCUCGAAAAGAUAAAAGAUGAAUUUGAUUCUAUACAGAGACCAGGUUUGGAAAUUGAGACUCCUACACAAAAAUCACAAAAUCCACUGACAAAUGGCCAUCCGAUUAGUUCAUCUUCUGUUUUGGCUAAGGCCUCGCAAAACUUUAGAGAAGAUGAAGCAACGGAUGGUUCUUCUAUCAAGGUUGAGAUGACCUCAAACACGAUUAGCGAACCUGAAAAGUUGGAAGUAGAUUAUGGAAAGGCUGACAGAGACCAUUUAACCGAUGAAAUUGGCGACUGGGAAUUUGAUGAGCUCGAGAAGGAAUUCAGAGCCAUCCUUUGAGCAACUGGAAUAUAAACACCAUUAACCUGGCAGCAAACAAGUGAUUGGUCCUAUAGAGAGAUUUUUUACUUAAAUUUUUUAUGCUUGGCAAUGAAAAAAGGUGAUAGGAUGAUGUAAAUUGUACUAUUCAGUUCCGUGACGAGGCAUAACCUUUUGUACAAUCACAAAUGCAAGUUACGUCCGAUUUUUAACAUCUA